UUUGCUUCCCCUUUCCAGAGUUUUGUGUCGGCUGGUUUCUUGCACACGCUGAUUUUUACCAGUUGGUCUAAAUGUGCAGAACUUACGUUUCAACAAACGUAAAGCAGUCUCCAAACGAACAGAAUGGCAAUUAGCAAGAUCCUCUUUUUCCUACUUGCACUGUGUAUAUGGCGUGGGAAAUGUGACGUGUUAUAUAAGAGAGUCGGUGAUGAGGUUUCCAUGAAGUGUGGAUUGGAUUCAAGCAAACAGAGUACUCUUGUAGAUUGGACAUUUGAGGACAAGUUCCUCUUAGGCACUGGUAAAGGUGGAACUGUGCGGAAGGGUAACUCCCAUAUUGUGGCUAAAGCAAGUAUAGAUGGAAACGCUUUGAAGGUUUCCAAACUGGAGACGAGAGACACUGGAGUGUAUUCCUGCAGGCAGUCAGGGAAACGAUACACUCUACGUGUUGUGUCUGUCUUUGUUCAUCCAGGCCCAGUGCUGGUGCAGUCUAGUAAUGCAGAGCUGCACUGUGACGUUACACAAGAACCAAAUACUGCAGUACGGUGGCAGAGACCUAAUGGUGAAGAAUAUAGUGAAAAAACACAAGUAAUUCACCUGAAGUCUGUGACUUUACGAGACGCAGGCCAGUGGACGUGUGAAGUCACAGAAGAGUUGAAGCCCAGAGUAACAUUGACUGUUGUUGUUGAUCUCUACACCACAGCUGUGAAUGUUUCUGAAGGGGACGACAUAAAGCUGCCCUGUUCUCUUCCUCCGAGUGUAUCUCAGAGGGUUGUGGGUGCCAAAUGGAAAGCUGACCACCUUCCCACGGUCUCUUUCCCGACCCUGAAGAACACAGGAGACAAAGGAUUACACUGGAAUUCUGAAGAUUUAUCAAAAGUCAACUUUACUACUGGGAAACUCAGCACCAACUUUGAUGUCACUUUGAAAAACGUGGAGAGACGUGAUGCAGGGGUGUUUGUGUGUAGAGUGGAGUUUGAGGGUGAAGUGAGUCUGAGUGUUGAGACUACUUUGACGGUUAUUGACAAACCUUCAGGUGGAGACUCUAUAAGUAAUCCUCAGUCUGAGAUCACCAAGAUAAUAGGGAAGAUUCUGGAAAUGGCCGUUCCUUCCAUUUGCGGCCCUGCAGAUUCUCCAGACCGAGCACUGCUCAAACUGAAGAAGCUGAAGAGAUGCGUGGAUGAUGCUGAAGCCAGUCUAUCGUCUACUGUAUCAUCUCAAGACAUCUUUCCGUGUCCUCCAGAUAAGCUUUCUCACUCACAAGACACAGAGUUUGCUCACAGCAUAGCCCCUGAGAACAACAUUGAGUCUCUUGAGAGAAAAAAGCUCAAUUUGCAAAUAAAGUUGCUGGAAAUUCAAAAUGAGCUUUACGCAUUACAGCUGAAAGCACUAAAGAACAGUCAGUUUAGAAAGAAGAACAGAAUGGCAAUUUGCAAGAUCCUCCUUUUUCUUCUUGCACUGUGUAUAUGGCGUGGGAAAUGUGACGUGUUAUAUAAGAGAGUCGGUGAUGAGGUUUCCAUGAAGUGUGGAUUGGAUUCAAGCAAACAGAGUACUCUUGUAGAUUGGACAUUUGAGGACAAGUUACUCUUAGGCACUAAUAAAGGUGGAACUGUGCGGAAGGGUAACUCCCAUAUUGUGGCUAAAGCAAGUAUAGAUGGAAACGCUUUGAAGGUUUCCAAACUGGAGACGAGAGACACUGGAGUGUAUUCCUGCAGGCAGUCAGGGAAACGAUACACUCUACGUGUUGUGUCUGUCUUUGUUCAUCCAGGCCCAGUGCUGGUGCAGUCUAGUAAUGCAGAGCUGCACUGUGACGUUACACAAGAACCAAAUACUGCAGUACGGUGGCAGAGACCUAAUGGUGAAGAAUAUAGUGAAAAAACACAAGUAAUUCACCUGAAGUCUGUGACUUUACGAGACGCAGGCCAGUGGACGUGUAAAGUCACAGAAGAGUUGAAGCCCAGAGUAACAUUGACUGUUGUUGUUGAUCUCUACACCACAGCUGUGAAUGUUUCUGAAGGGGACGACAUAAAGCUGCCCUGUUCUCUUCCUCCGAGUGUAUCUCAGAGGGUUGUGGGUGCCAAAUGGAAAGCUGACCACCUUCCCACGGUCUCUUUCCCGACCCUGAAGAACACAGGAGACAAAGGAUUACACUGGAAUUCUGAAGAUUUAUCAAAAGUCAACUUUACUACUGGGAAACUCAGCACCAACUUUGAUGUCACUUUGAAAAAUGUGGAGAGACGUGAUGCAGGGGUGUUUGUGUGUAGAGUGGAGUUUGAGGGUGAAGUGAGUCUGAGUGUUGAGACUACUUUGACGGUUAUUGACAAACCUUCAGGUGGAAAGGGGUCCAAUAAAAGGAAUGGGAAAAGAAGUGGCGUUCCGGAUGUUUUGUUUAAGGACGUGUAUGGUGUACAGCUGUGGAUCUGGAUUGCUGUCGGAGUCAGUUGUGUGGUUCUGAUUGGACUUUUCGUUGUUGCUGUUCUCCUCCAUAAAAGGAACAAACGUGAGAAGCAAAGGGUGAGAAAGCUAAGAUCCAUGCGGCAGCCUCUGACAGACAAAGACUACUGCCAGUGCAACAGAAUUGUGAAAGAAGUGGAGUUGGAAGAGCAAGCGAGGCCAUUUCCAGUUCCCAGACAACACCGCAACCCGCGCACACGUACAGCAGGCCCAAACCAUGUCAACUGAGAGGAGCAGAGCCCUACACCACUGAGCCUGUGCUUUUAAACGCGCUUCUUGCUCAGUGAUACCAAAUAAGACAUGCACUUUGCAAGACUUGCUGUAGAACUGGGCGAUGAAUAUGCGGCGUUUACUGUGCAUUUAAAACAAAUUCUGUUGCAGAGUCUAUAUGUUUUUACAACUGUACUUUUUGAAUGACAAGAAUGCUGAAUGUUUUUAAAUAAAAUCCUGAUAUUAUUUUAA